GGAGUAGAGCGCUCAGACCGAGGACAUAGAGACACACGGAGGACAUGAGGCUGUGAGCAGAGCGGCUCAGGUGCUUUUUUUGUCCUCGUCCUGAAUCUGCAGCAGCAUGAGAGCCUCCAGCGCCACGACGUGUCCCCUCUCGGGGCUGCUGGUGCUGUCCCUGUGCGUCCUGUCCUCUCUCAGCCAGGAGGAACACUCCGGGUUCCACUCAGGUGAGGAACGCACCUAUGAAGCCCCCGUGGUUGACCGCUACAACAGCGUAGCCCCUCCUCCAUCAGAGUACCCACCUGAGCCGACUUACGACUACGACGAGGACCAGAGGCCCACGGGGGGGGACCAGGACCCCUACGGACCCCAACCCACCCAGGUCACCAUGAUCACCGAGGACCCCCUCCCGUACACCACCACCGCCGAGUCCCACUACGCCAAGGAGGACAUGGAGACCAUGCAGUUCCCUUACGACUUUGAGGGGUCUGGAGCCGAUGCAGGUCUUGGAGAAGAGGGGCCCACUGAGUGCGACUGUGAACCUGGUCAGCCUGGAUUCGCUGGCUUUGCGGGUCCGAAGGGGUCCAGAGGUGAGCAGGGUAAAACCGGGGAGCCAGGGACUCAAGGCCGAGAGGGAUACAAAGGAACCAAAGGAGUUCGGGGGAGAGGAGGAGACACCGGACCAGUGGGCGGCGCGGGACCCGAAGGAGACGACGGAGCGUCGGGCUUCUCUGGAGGCCUGGGAGAAGCUGGACUCCCAGGAGACCCGGGCGAACAGGGAGAGUUUGGAAUGAAGGGGGACGUCGGGAUGGACGGACCCCGCGGGGGGGUCGGGGGUCCCGGUGAGACUGGUCGUCAUGGCGACGCUGGGCCUCCAGGACCCAAAGGAGUUCCAGGUAUCAAGGGGUCACGAGGGGUCAAAGGCUCGGAGGGUCCUCAGGGACGAGAUGGACAGAAGGGUCAGACCGGAGCUCCAGGGUUCCCCGGUGACCUCGGGGACAGCGGCUACACCGGUUACCGUGGACAACCGGGAUCCAUCGGACCUUCUGGAUCCAAGGGCGCCGGAGGCUUCGGCGGCCUGCCGGGCAGCAACGGCGACCCCGGAGAAGAUGGUCCCAUCGGCGUCCCGGGUGUGAUGGGCGAACCUGGACAGUUUGGAGCCAAGGGCAGCAAAGGCGACCCCGGUGUGCGAGGACCACGAGGCAGAGCGGGCCGAGCGGGAGCCGAAGGAGAGCGAGGAGAUGCCGGAGUACCCGGGUCACUCGGAUCGAAGGGCCUGCAGGGCCAGACCGGCGCCAAAGGUGAGACGGGACCCGAUGGGACCACGGGUGCAGUGGGAAAGAAAGGCCUCCGAGGUGUUAAAGGUCAAAAGGGAGGCAGAGGAGACGGGGGAGACAAAGGACAGCGUGGACCAAAAGGCACGGCGGGUCGCGGCGGCGACUCCGGACCGGUCGGCCCACCCGGCCUCCCGGGCUCCAGGGGAGAGCGCGGGGCCAUCGGUGACCUCGGGGUCAAAGGUCAAGCCGGACCCAAAGGAGUUCCUGGUCCCUCUGGCCCCGGUCUGACGGACGAGCAGGUCCUGCAGCUCUGCAGGGGCGUGGUCACGGCCCAGAUCUCCCAGUACGCCUCCUCCAUCCGGGCCAAGUGCUCCCAGGGCUGCCCCGUCAACAGCCGGACCCUCAUCGGGCCGCCGGGGCCUCCGGGGCAGUCGGGGUCCCCGGGGAAGACGGGAAAAGCUGGAAAAGCCGGAGCAAAAGGAGCCAGAGGGGCUCAAGGUGACCGAGGACUGGAGGGACAGGCGGGAGCUCAGGGGGACAGAGGCCAGAAGGGGCCUAAAGGCAGCGCAGGAGAUCCAGGUGAAGGCCUGGCGGGACCCGACGGGCCACAAGGCAUCAGAGGUUUGCCGGGUCACCCGGCGGAACCCACGAACGGCACGGAGGGCCCCCGGGGGCCCCGCGGCUUCCCCGGCGCGGUCGGCCAGUCGGGGCGGCUCGGGGGGGCGGGCGUGCCGGGUAUCUGCGAGGCGCGAGACUGCAGCAUCCACGCGCCGGUGACCCGCAAAGAGCAGGGCCUGGUGAAAGGACCAAUCAGCUCACAGAUGUGAUGACGACCACGAGAGGACGAGAGAGAGCAUCUCAGUCGGGUUGAAGACAGGACGCUGAGGGGGGGAGGCGGGGGGGCUCCGCUGGGGGCGGGGGUUGUUGAGAAAGUGGAAAAGACUUGAAUGAAUGAAUGAAUUUCACUGAGGUGAAAUGUGUUUGUUUCAUUUGAUAAACUAUUAUCCACCAUUGGAUCCUUCCUUUAGUUUCCUUUUCUGUUUUCUGUUCCCACAAAUAUACACAAAAAUAACAAAGACCAAUGUAAAUAUUUUAUAAAGUCACAUAAAGAUGAUAAAUAUAUUAACCGCUGAGCAAGUGUUCUGCUUUUAUUUCUGAAAAUGACUAUUCCAGAAAGUAAUAAAUGAUAAUAGAUAUAUGAUAAUAAAUAAUAAUAAAU